UCAUUCACAUCCACGGUCACGCCUCGACAGGAAGUGACGAAUGUGGACACGAGCGUGACGAACGGCUUGUUCGAAAAUACAACAAGGAAGUGGUCGUUUAUUGUAAAAGAAAAUAAUCACCGGAUACAACAUCUCCUCAAAGCGAGGAUCGCUUCGCUCGGCUGUUGGGUGUCGGGGGGGUAAAGUCACCGUGGACUUGCCCGAGAACCCGUUUCUGAUCGUCUCGAGGGAUCCUGCUUUUAGCCAGCUAGCUAGCUAGCGAUGAACACGGACGUGGAAUUUCACAUCAGGCAGAAUUAUCCGUGGAACAAGCUCCCAGCAAAUGUCAAACAGAGUUUGGGGAACUCUCAGCGUGAAUAUGACAAGCAUGUGCUGCUGUACAGCAUCCGCAACCAGCUGCGAUUCCGCAAUAACCUAGUCCGCCACGUGAGGAAGGAUGAGCGCAAGUAUUAUGAGGAGCUCCUGAAGUACAGCCGGGAACACCUGAUGCUGUACCCCUACCACCUGUCUGACAUCAUGGUCAAAGGGCUGCGGGUCACUCCAUUUUCAUAUUACAUAGGAAUCAUGGAGGAUAUUAUGAACAGUGAGAAGAGUUACGACUCCUUGCCCAACUUUACUGCUGCUGACUGUCUACGGCUGCUUGGCAUUGGGAGAAACCAGUACAUUGACCUCAUGAACCAGUGCAGGUCUUCCAAAAAAUUCUUCCGCAGGAAGUCAGCACGGGACCUGCUACCGGCCAAGCCAGUGGAAAUCUCUGUGGAGCCGUGGUGGGUGGCACAGACAGGUUACAUCACCGAGGACGACAUCAGGAUCUGUUCUCCAGCAGAGAAGAAAGCCAUUGAUAAGAUGAUAGAUUCUGGUCCUCAGCUGGCUGGAUCAAUGGAGUACAAUGUGGUCUUAAGCUUGUACAACCGGGGCUUUAUCUACUUGGAUGUUCCCAUAUCUGAUGACAGCUGCAUCUCAGUGCCCCCGCUGGAAGGUUUUGUCAUGAACCGCGUCCAGGGUGAUUACUUUGAAACACUUCUCUACAAAAUCUUUGUGUCCAUUGAUGAGCAGACAAAUGUAGCAGAGCUGGCAAAUGUGUUGGAGAUUGACUUGGACCUGGUGAAGAAUGCUGUUUCCAUGUACUGUCGCCUCGGCUUUGCUGUAAAGAAAGGUCAGGUGUUCAGCUCAGACCAGCUCCACCCCACCUGGAAGAAUGCUCCGUCUGUCAACAGGCUCAAGAGCACCAUGGACCCUCAGAAGAUGUUGCUGUCCUGGGAACAGGGCAGUCCUGUCAUGGAGGGAGGCUCCUCAGCCACCGACACUGACACCACCAGUCUGGAAGACCAAGGGGACACAGCCAGCGUGAGCAGCCUGAGCAUCCCAGCCGCACCCACAAAGAGGAUUGCCUUCCUCUUUGACUCCACCCUGACAGCCUUCCUAAUGAUGGGCAACCUGUCUCCGAACCUGAAGAGUCAUGCAGUGACCAUGUUUGAGGUGGGUAAGCUGUCUGACGAGACUCUGGACAGCUUCCUGGCUGAGUUGGAGAAGGUGGAGAGCACAGCGGAGGGUGAGGCCCAGCGGUACUUUGACCACGCACUGACCCUGAAAAAUACCAUCCUCUUUCUGCGCUACAACAAAGAACUUACUCAGGACCAGGGACCUGAUAUCCCAAAUAUAGGUUUCCCCUUGGACAUGUUGCGCUGUGAGAGCUUGCUGGGUCUGGACCAGGCCACCUGCAGCCGCGUCCUCAACAAGAACUACAAACUGCUGGUCUCGAUGGCGCCUCUCAGCAACGAGAUCAGACCCAUCAGCAGCUGCACACCUCAGCACAUUGGCCCAGCCAUCCCCGAGGUGAGCUCCAUCUGGUUCAAGCUGUACCUGUACCAUGUGACCGGCCAAGGCCCACCGUCUCUACUGCUCUCCAAAGGCUCCAGGCUCCGCAAACUGCCGGACAUAUUCCAGGUCUACGACAGGUUGCUGAUCACUUCCUGGGGUCACGACCCUGGAGUCGUCCCUACAUCCAACGUGCUGACCAUGCUCAACGACGCCCUCACACACUCUGCUGUACUAAUCCAGGGUCAUGGUAUGCACGGUCAUGGAGAAACAGUUCACAUCCCAUUCCCCUUUGACGAGGAAGAUCUAAAAGCAGAGUUCUCCUACUCCAACAUGUGUACGCACAAGGCGCUGCAGAAGCUGAAGGAGCACGUGGACCUGGAGCACCAGUGUGGCUACAUCACCAUGCUCAACCCCAACAACAGGCACCGUCGCAGGGCCAGCGACAGCGCUGAGUGCAGAGGGGACACCCAUCUAGGUGGAGGCCUGGACACCAACGGCAGCACUGAGUCCUUUGAGCUUGUGACAGAUGAAAACAACGGGGAAGGCAAGGCAAAGACAGACACCCUUUCAUGUGAAGAUGAGUGGGUCCCUCUUGAGCUGUGCUUCGGCAUGCCCCUCUUUAGCUCAGAGCUCAACCGCAAAGUGUGUCGAAAAAUCGCCUCGCACAAACUGUUCAGCAAUGACAGCCUUCAAGAGCUGCUUCACUCGAGCCGAAAACUAUCGCUGAAGGUGUUGAGCUUCGUUCAGUCAUUCCAGGACGGCAUCCAGCCCUCUGACCUGGACAGUGGCGUGUCAAACCCUCUCAGUCAACCCCAGGCGGAGUCCGGUGUUCCCCUGCCCGCCCUUAACCUCCUCUUCAAGGACGGGGAGCUGAAGGAGUGGAGUGGGCGGGCCCCUCCUCCUCUGGACAUCUCAGCUCUGCAGAAGGACCAACCCACAUAAGCCGAAAAAAAAAAGAAAUCCAGAUUUGGUUGUGAGGAAAUUCUUAUUCGAGGUCCAACCCUUCAUCUUCAUGUCCGAUCACAGGGAAACACUCAUUCAGAAGCCUCACCUUGUUAUACUUCACUAUCCAGUCAUGGGAAAAUUAGCCCUGCCAGCACUUUGUCAUUUACCUACUUUAUGAGGAAUCAUCCUUCUGACAGUGUUGUCAACACUAGUCUAAGCCCCCCACCCUCCCCCUGUGAGAUUCCUCAUAUUCGUAGCAAGGCAGUGUUAUCUGUUGGAGUGGUGCUAUUAAUCACAGUAUAUGAGAGUGAUGCAAGUAAACAGCAUAUAACCUGGAACACCAUUUAACUGGAAACACAAGUGCUGUUCUCCACUGACUAGAUCCCACCCAACCCUUCAAUCAGUGGAUGUUUUGUGAUCCUUGAGAGGAGUGUCAAGUGGUUGAUAUUGUAUAGAUGUUCUAAAGAUGACCCACAAAAUAAACAAAGUGUUGAACAGACUUCUUCAGGAAUCAUUUGACAAUAUGCAUAUUUUAGGACCAAGUCUUUGGACUGGAGUCCAAAUGUCAUGUACCUGUGUCAUCUCAUGUUAGUGAUCUGAUGCAUGAUGCUGUUGCGCAACUCGCACCAUAAAAAGUACUUUCCUCUUUACUUGUAGUCAAUAUCGGGGGCAUUUAUUAUUUGCACUGUGCAGGAUUUCUCCAAACCUGUGGAUGAAGUAAUGUCAUGUAUAUUUUUUUUUUUUCCAAACGUUGGAUUCAUCAUAGUGUGCACAUUAUGUUAGAGCUCACGUUUACCACAAGAAAGUGUCUCCUCUUCCUUGAGAUGGCUUAGAAAUUGACUGGGCAUCAGAGAAACUGAUGAAGCUGAACAGAAUUUUUUUUUUUUUUUUAAAGUAAUCCUUUGUUAGCAUUAUUUCUCAGUACAUGAGGACACCAAAGACCAUUUUCUUUUCCUGUGUCAUGAGUCUUUUGUAAUCUUUAAUCUGUUUUACUGUCUUUCUUUUUUAUUUUGCUGCCUUAUUACUGCCAGCCAAUCCAAAACUAGCAGGUCUGUGUUCAAAUCUUUGGAUUUGAUACGGUUAUGUUCAGUUAUUUUUGCUUUUUUUUUUUUUUUUUUUUUAGAUUUUACAAAUGAUUUAUGUGUGUUUGAAUGAGUGUUUAUAACCAAUAAAAGCAGCAACAUUGGGUCACAAGCCACCAACCCUGACCCCUGUUCAAGAAUUUGACAAUUUUGAGCAAGUGAAUCAAACUGCAUAGAGUGGGAGCAGUCAGGUCUGUGUGUUUGACCCAUGCCUGUUGCCACUGUUGCCUGCCAGUAUCUCUCCCUGGACUGACUCCAGUUUGUGUGCAGUGCUGUGCACUCUUGGCCAGCCCACCACACUCUCCAUGGGAUUCUGUUUACACCGUGUUUUCAAAAAUGGGGUUUGUAGUCUAGAGAGGAGAAGGCAACUUUAGCUGUGAAGGCUGUCACAGACCCAUGGGAUGGAAAUGCUAAUGCUUUGCCCAGCAUCUCAGAGAUAUGAUGGCCCCAAAAGUAUGUGAAGUCUGUCAUGAAUUUUCAGUGUGGCUCCAAGAAUACUUUUUAUUGCAUUUAGAGUGAUAACCCAUUUUGUUGAGUUUCUUCUUCUUCUUCUUUUCAUUUGACAGAAGCUGCCUUUUUGCAGUUUUUGACCCACUUGUGGUUGUUGUUUCUAAUAACGUGAUGCUGAAAUAGACAAAAAAAGACUAACGCAAGGCCCUGUUCAAGCAUGAUGACUGUGUAGAAGCUGUUGUGUGUAUGUUGUGUAUGCGUGUGUAUUGUACAUCUCACUCUUGGUGUGUAUUCAUACAUGCCUACCUUUCACAAAAAGAGUCCACACGCCCUCCAGUCCUGCCUGUCUGUUAUCCAGUUACAGUACUUGGUCAGCCCCCCCCUGCCCUCAUCCUCCCCCAGGUAUACAUUCACCACAGUGUUUAAAAAAUAGUUUUAUAUGUCAACCUAUAUUUUAGGAAAUCUUUGUUGUAGGUUGUUUAUUGGGACUGUGAAUAUCAUUGACUGAUUUAAAUAACGAUGAUGGUCUUGUAGUUAAAUGGAUUAAAAAAUAAAAGAAGAAAGUGACAUUCCUUCAACAUGCCCUUCCUAGUUCCAUCUCCUCUCUGCUUCAGAUACGUAUGAUUAUUUCAAAUAAAUAUGUAAAAAGUAUAUGAAAAUAUAAAUAAAUAUGUAAUAACUUUUCCUCCCUGAAAA